UAGGAAGUAAGUUCCCCAACCUGUCGUCUGUGUUGACAACUCGAGCUGGACAUUUACAAUACACACCUGGUUACAUACGUUCACCGUAUCGUUCUCUUGUUGUUUCUGAGUGAUAUUCAACAACAAAUACAACCUCGACUGACAGUGAGCUGACGAGGUAGCAAGAAUCCAUGAGUCGCAGUCGAAACCCCCCUGCCCGGGGCCAAGGGGCAGCUCGAGCUAAACAGAUGGGGCUGCUCCUUGACCUGUCCCCGGACGGAGGGAUGGAUGACGAUGGGAAUGACGAGGAGCUGGAGGCGGAGCUGCUGAAUCUGAUGGGGGGAGGAGGGAGGCCACAGGGGAAGAAAAGUGAAGGUCGAGCCCCCGUUCACAUGGAUGAAAUAGCGCGAAUGGCAGCUAUUUGCAUGAAAGACGUAGACGACGAAGAUUUGGAUGAUGAAGAUUUGGAUGAUGAAGACUUGCUGGCAGAAUUGAAUGACGUUUUGGAGGACGAUGAGGAGCAAGCCCCUGCUCCCACUCUUCCUAGCACCUCACUGGCUGCUCCUAAAGUGAGCGUCACAUCCCACUCUGCUCCUCCAGCUGCUCCCAGUGGUGCAACUGGGAUGGAGGCCCGUCUAUUGGAGCGUAUUGAAAUGUACAAGACUGCCAUUUCUAAUGCCAAGGCUGCAGGAGAGACCAGCAAAGUUCGCAGAUACGACCGUGGAUAUAAGACAUUACAGUCCAUGUUGACAUCUGUCAAGAAAGGAAAAUCAGUUAAUGAGGAAGAGAUACCUCCUCCAGUUGCCAUUGGGGGAAAAGCCGCUGCCGCUGAAGAGACUGAAUCUGUUAAAGAACGAGAACUGCCUGAACCAGCGCUGAUGCCUUCUCCACCCAUCAAUCAGAAACCUCUGAGAGAGGCUCCGCCAACAGCCCCCAAUACUAAGCCGAUGCUUCUUACCCCGCCCCAAAAGCCUGUUGCUGCCAUUACCCCAGAAACACCUGCGAUCUCUCCACUCACUCCUAGCCAACCUGACACGCAGCACUCUGAGUUGAAACAGGUCGUGUUGACCAGACAGAGGGAAUACAAGAUGGCUGCCAUAAACGCCAAACAGAGUGGAGACAUCGACCAGGCCAAACAGCUCUACAUUACUGCCAAAAAGCUGGACUUGCUGGUCGAGGCACUGGACAGCGAUGAACUGGUAGAUCUCGGCUCUCUACCUCCUCCUCCUGGAGAAGUAUUAGCUGAACACUGUGCACCUCCUCCCACUCAGUCUUCCACCAAGCCUUCUGCUGCUCCUGCUGCUCCUGCUGCUCCUGGACCCACCAAUGUGGCCCCUGCAGACCUGCCUGUUCCCAGCAGUGUGGCAGAAGCCCUGCAGCAGAGGAUGGACAUCUACAAAUCAGCAGCAGAUGGCGCUAAGAACAAAGGAGAUGAUCGUAAAGCUCGCAUGCACCAGCGCAUUGUCAAGCAAUACCAGGAUUCCAUCAAAGCUCAUAAAGCUGGGCGACCUGUCAACUUGUCUGAUCUACCCGUGCCACCAGGCUGUCCGCCACUUCAGGGCACAGAGGGGGGUCAACAGAACUUCCUAGGUGUCCUGGAAACGGCUAUGAAAAUAGCUAAUCAGGAUCCAGAUGCAGAGGAUGAUGAAGAGGAGGGUCCACCACAGGCCGCCAAACCUGCCGUACGCCCAUCCGCCCAGAAAGCUAAGUCUCCAGCUCCACAGGCCCCAGGAGGAUCCUCGGCCCCUAAACUGGGACCUAAAGCCCAGCAGCAAGUGGAUUUCCUGUUGCUACGGCGACAGGCGUUUUUGCGUGCAGCACUGCGCUCCAAACAGAUGAAGGACAUGACGGGAGCCGCGCAGCACCUCAGGCAUGCCAAAGGACUGGAGCCUAUGAUAACUGCUGCCAAGUCCGGCCUACCUGUUGAUGUCACCAAGAUUCCCAAUGCCCCAGAGGAGGACUACUCAUUUUCUCGCUCCCGCACCUCCCCUCACUCCUCUCGCUCCAGUGAACAGUACCAUGGCCUUAUGGAUCUUUUACGAAAACAACACGAGAAAUGCCUGGGCUUCUCUCAGCAGUUCUCACGCAUGGGCAGUGUAGCUGAGGCUCUGAAGUUUGAGAAACUAGCUGAGGAGUGUAUGAAGAACAUAGAGAUACUUAAGAACGCCUACGCCAAAGGCCAUCCAGUCCCCAAGUGUCGCACAGAGGAGAGGACCUUCAGCUCCGUCAAGACCAAUUCCAACCUGACAGCCAAUGAACUGAUGCUGUACAUAAUCAGAGGUAUCAACCUGCCACCUCCCUCAGGUGUCUCCGCUAACGAUCUGGAUGCAAGUGUGAAAUUUGAGUUCCCUUUCCCCAGUGCGGAGGAGGCUCAGCGGGACAGAACCAGCACAGUAAAGGACACCAGCAGCCCAGAGUUCAAAGAGCAAUUCAAACUCAACAUCAACCGUAACCAUCGAGGCUUUAAACGAGUCGUCCAGUCGAAAGGCAUCAAGUUUGAAAUCAUCCACAAAGGAGGCUUGUUUAAGUCAGACAAAGUCGUGGGUACAGCUCAGCUGAAGCUAGAGGCUCUGGAAAACCACUGUGAAAUUAGAGAGAUCAUAGAUGUGAUGGAUGGACGUAAAUCCACCGGUGGAAAGUUGGAGGUGAGGGUGAAGCUCAGAGAGCCUUUGUCGGGACUCGAUCUCCAGCCAGUUACAGAGAAGUGGUUGGUUCUUGAUCCCGUCUCCUCCCUUUCACCUCCAGAGAAACAAAAGGAACGUGCUCCAUCUCCUCGGUCUAAACCCAGACAUGAAGUGAGUAGAAACAGUCAUCCCAACAGCCCUGAUCCACAGUACAAACUCCACAGCUUCAGCCUCCUCAACUAUGACAGGGAGCGGCUGGAGAGAAAGAUCACAGAGUACAGGAAGAAUCGACGGGAUCCCCCGUCUGACCUCAUCCAUCAACACAAAGAGCUCACUCACAGACUGCAGUGGCAGAAGGCACAGCUGGAGCGAGCGUCUCCCGCUCUGCUGACAGAAUAUGAAAACGUGCUGCGGCGUUUCGCCCAAGGACUUGGUGACUCUGUGAAGAAAUACUCCAGCCAAGGCAACAGAGAUGCUGCCAAAGAUGCACUGGGCAGGUUCAAGAUGGUAGAGAGUGAGCUGGAUUCUCUGAAAAGGAAACGCAUGGCAUAGGAAGAGGAAAGGGAGAGUGGAGACUUGGCCGGAGCACUGUACUUUGUUUUCCUCUCUCUCUCUCUAUCUCUCUCUCUCUCUCUCGCUCUCUCUGUCUGUCUGUCUGUCUGUCUGUCUGUCUGUCUAUCUCUCUCUCUCUCUCUCAUACAGUAUACAUUCAUAUACAAACACUACAGUCUUAUGCUGCUCAUGUUCUUGACAGGUUGCAUGAACCAACCAGUGAAUUCAGUCAGCAGCUCAGAUAACGUUGUGUCUUUUGCAGUUACAUGAGAUUUGAAUCUGUAACUACAAAGGGACCAAAAUGAAAGCAAGCAUUAGGAUGGGUUAAAGAGAUAAUCAGAGACACUUAUUUGCACUUAAACAAGAAGAACACUCCAGACAACUGCUGCGGUAUAGAAGAAAAGCUUUAUUGACCGUAAUUCUGUUAAUUCAUUUUUGUAUUUUCCUCCUUUUGGUUAAGAUACCAGUUGUUGGAUUUCCUAUUUCACAUUUGACACCAGCUCAAAGAGUCUUUUGGGGUCGAUCUGUGACCAAUAAACGUGUAUGCGUGUAUGCUUGAUCUGAAGUGUGUGGAACUAAAUAGAAUGAGGGUUUUAUUUCACCCCUUUUCCCAUAUUUUAUGUGUGUAAUGAGCUUAAUCUCAUCUGUCUGCUCUAGUGUCCCCAGAUUAAAGUAAUCUGCUCCGUUUGGAGGGGUGUGAUAUGGGAAUAAAAAAGAGAAACGGCUAUGGCCUACAACCCAUAAUGACAGAUUAGCGCGUGUGUCACCAAGGAGACGACUCGAUCAGACGUAAAGUCGCCUUUGGUGCUGUGGGGGGGGGUGUUAACAGCGUGCCGUGAUUGUGGUAGAAGCUUAGUCCUGCUAAAGAAGUGCUUCUUCUACUUUAGCUGUUUCUUCUUCAUCUUCACCUUUUUUUUUCCUUCACACUAAUUCAGAGAUUAUGUGUUGAUUUAUACGUUGCUCCUCCUGUAUUUUCGUUGAACUCGGAACGCAAUAUUAAGUCCAUUGUGCUGCUGAUUUUGAAAUAAUUAGCAGCUGGUGUGUCAGUAUUCUCCACAGACUUAAGUGUUUGCAGUUUACAAAAACAGAUCCUGUCCCACUGAGCUUUCCUGUGGCAGCACAGUGGAUUCUGAAUUGUCUGCCCACACUAGGACAGUGUCUGUCAGUAAGGCUGGGCUCGUUUCUAUUUCUGUCCCCGUCAUCUUUGUUAUUCCUCUCCACCUGUCACCUUAUUUGUGACGGUAAAGUCAAACGGGAUCUGGUGAAACUUUGUAAGGUUUAGAUUCUCACUGACAAAGGCACACUGCUUGGAAUCGAUUGUUUACCAUAGAACAGUAGAUAAAGCAAAGAUGUUUAGGGUUCUCUGCGCUCUUUGGUGCCGAGGACAGGUGAUUCAUAGCCUGGUGUUUGUCGUCCUGCUAACCUGACAUUGUGUUGAAUGUUUAUUUUUGACUCUGCUCUGGGAUGGAUGAAGGUUUAUAUUCCCGUUGGCCUUAAUCUACCCAAUUUGUCUCUUAUUAGUAAAUAAUCCUGGUUAAAAUUGACCUGGCUCUCCUGUGAUUUGUCGGAAUCUCCCUCGAUGUAUAUUUUUUAUAUGUAAGGCCAUACACACCUCUGAUUAAAAUGGCAAAACUUUAAACUUAGUGUAGGCUGACACUUUAGACCAGUUUUUAAGCAUCUCCUGUUGAAGUCAUGUACAUACACUUUCAACGAAUGCCUCACAGUUUCAGACGUGUGAAGGAAGUUCUCUCCUCCCGUCACCUGCUGGAGUCCAUGCAGUAUGCUGCUGGUCGGCAUUUCGGUCAUUAUAGUUACGGUGGUUACGGUUAGCCUGGUUCCUAGAUGAUUAGAUGAUUGUCGGUUCUAAUUCCAGUUUGCCCAGUUUGCUCUGGGGGGUUUUCAGCUUCCUCCCUCAUUCCAAAAACUGAUUUGAGACUGUAAACUGACUGUAGGCAUGCCGGCCAAUGUCUGCUUGGUUUGGCUUUAGCGCCCCCUGUGACCCUGAGUGGUAUAGAUGUAUGCACUCACCUGCCACUAUAUGUGGUACAGAAAUUGAGUGACUACUACGAGUUAGUAUUGCAUGUCGAGCAUUAUGAACCAGCCGUUCACCUUUGACCUCUGGCAUCAACAACAACAUUUUCUGUGCAGAUAUCUGCAUCUCACUGGUUAUUUUUUUCUUUUUAGUAACACUCUCUAGAGAACCCUGAGAGAUGGUUGUGUGUGGAAAAUCACAGUGGAAUGACAGAUUCUGAAAAACUCAGUAUUUGAAUUGAUCAGCAGUUGAACAGGUGUAUCUAAUAAAGUGGCCGGUGAGUGUAGAUUCCAAGAAUUAGCAUCGAAUAAUAACUUUUAACUCUACCUGCCUAGCACUUAUUUUUAUUACUGAUUAUUCCCUGAUUGUUAAUGGUCAGAAAAAUGUCUCAUAAAUACAUAGCAACUCCAUUGGUAUGAUCCUAAAAAUAAACUGUGGCUUACUGAAUGAGAUAAAUAGUGGAAGUGAGCAUAUGCAGUAGCUCUGAAAGGGCUUGGUGAGAUUUAACAUUAACAUUAGCAUUAGCAUUAGCAGCACAUAGAACUGCAGCUACAGUACACAGUGCCCCGGUUUGUAUAAACCAAUCGCUUUUAACCCGCAUUUCACUCCAAACACUCAAGCUCCUGCAGCCCACUCCUCAAGUGACCUUGUGGCCUCUGAGGUUGUCCUGUUGUCAUGGCAACAAGCUCAUCAGCAUUCAGUUGCGGUACCUGGAUGGUCAGGACCCAGGCAGAGGGACAUGUUGUUGGUUUGUCCCGCUGGUGACUCCCAGCCCUUUCUUGCAUUUAUACAACACACUCCUCUCUCCCUCGCUCUUUCUCUUUCUCUCUCUCUCUCUCUCUCUCUCUCCCUCUCUCCCUCUCUUUCUCUCUCUCUCUCUCUCUCUCUCUCUCUCUCUCUCUCUCUCUCUCUCUCCUAUUAAGUUUGUACUGUAAACUGACCACACUCCAUUUACAAAAGAAGAAAAAAGAAAGUUCAUCUUUCUGUCAUUAUCUGCUCCAGUUUAUGUUUUUCAUACGGGCUUGGGGAAGAUGUUUUAGUUGAACCUGCAACAUAUAUAUAUAUAUUUUUUAAUCUGUUAACUCCUAUAAGGGCAAUCAAUAUAAAAGUGAUGUAAAUAUACAGCAUCAUUAUGCACUGUCUCUUUUUAAGCGUAAGUCAUAAUGAUUUGUGCGCCUCAAAAAUGGGAAUGUAUGAACGCCUGAUUGUUUAGGCUUUAGGAUCUUAUACAGUAUACGAGGUUGGUGUUGACAUGAAUAAAAUGGUAUCAGCUCUGA